CAAGCCUGUGUGCCAGCAGCCUGUGUGUGUGUGUCUGUGUGUGUGUGAGAGAGAGGAGAGACGGGGUCAGGAGCUGAACUCCUUCAGCACCGAGCCUGCUAAACCCAGUCUGUCGCGGCUGCAUUGUGAAGCAGCCAGCACUGAUGUUGUAUUGCCAUUGACAUUUCCUGCUUCAGGCGCCAACCAAUGAGCUCGGAGCAGCGCCGGAGCGACGACACAUGAAAUAUGAUAAUUUGCUGCUUGAUAGCCAGAGAGAGAAGAACUGGUCCUAUUGCGAUGGUUUCCCUGACAAGGCCAAGCAGAUGGGGCUUCUUUUCAGUGGCUACCUGGAUGAGGGGGUGCUGAAUGACUUUACCUCUGGGAGAAGCAGAGGACACCGUUAUCCAGUUUUUAGCACAGUUAACUCAGUGCAAGUGGCGAGGUUCAAGAGGAAUGAUCUGGAACUCAAGUGAUUGGCGGUUACUGUGACAACAGCUCAAAGGAUAACAACUGUGACAAGUCAAGUAAUGAAACUGGAUUAGAGAUGUCAACAAAUCUACAGAGUGUAAAAUAAGAGAAUGGAUGUGUUUUAAUAUCAGCAAAAACCAAAAGAGAUAACUAAAACAGGAGCUUGUGAAGAACCAAAAUCAGGAACUACAGGUGGGUCGUCAAACCUCCUGGAUUGUUCUAGAGUCCUAAAGAAAUGAUGGUUAAUCUCCAGGAUACUACAAUGGGCAAAAUGAAUACAGUCAACUCCAAGCUAUAAUGGAAGAAAACAGAAGCUGUGAAGAAUAUUUCAGGAAAAUGGUUUGGAAUGACAAUCUCGAAGUCGCAUACGAUUGAUAAUUGCCUUCAAAGGAACUCACCAUGAAGUGAACUUUCAAUAAAUGUCCCUUUUGCUUUGCAUCAGUUACCAAGCAGGAACACUUCUAUCAGCAACGUAACAAAAUAAACUGUUGGAACAUUCUCGACACAUGUGAGCAGCGCAGGGGUUUUGUUGUUUUUCUGAAAGACACAAGGUUUAGCAAAUGAAUCCUGCCAAGCUCCAACGCUAUAGCACUUGAAGGUCAUGGAUCCUGAGCCAAGCAGUGCCCGCCAGAAAUGUACAGGAAGGGUCGAGCAGAGCCCUUGUAGAACAUCGAGCACGGGUGACGUUUCUCCCUCCAGUGUAAGGUCCACCGUUGCCUACCAACCAAGCCAGCUCCAUCCUCCAGGAAGCCUCGGUGGUGACAUUGUCCCUCCCCCACCGUGUUUCUCAGCCCCGCUGCAGCUUUCCACAGGGGAGCGGGCCCACCCCCAGACCCCAGCGCACGACCAGCCCAAACCCCACACCGGCGCUUAUUCCUUCGAGCACCCGCAGCACGUCCCAGCCCAGCUCCGGCAGCAGCCCAUGCCCCCAGCGUUCAUGGCCCCGGUAAAACCCGAACUCAGUCUGGAGAGACGCUCCUGGCAGCUGUUUGACCCUCGGGGCCCUGUGGCAUCAGGCUCUUUCGUCCACAGCGGGCUUCCCUCGCACGGUGGGCACCUUCUCCCCUCCCGCUGUCCCCCCAAAGAGGACCAUGCCUAUGGUCACCAGGUGGCCCCGAAGCAAGACGAGGCGCCCAGGAAGGAGAGGAAACCGCAAAAGCCCGGCAAGUACAUCUGCCAUUUCUGUGGGCGGCCGUGCGCCAAGCCCAGCGUGCUGCAGAAGCACAUCAGGUCCCACACCGGUGAGCGCCCAUACCCUUGCCACUCCUGCGGCUUCUCGUUCAAGACCAAAAGCAACUUGUAUAAGCAUCGCAAAUCCCAUGCUCACAAGCUCAAAGCGGGGCUGGUGCCGGGUGCCAAGGGUGAGAUGUUUGAAGGUGCCUCUGCCCUGGAGAUGGAGAAACUGAGCGGGGACGAGCCGGAGGAGCACACCGAGGGGGACGAAAGCACCGAUUCGGAGGAUGAGACCACGGCCAUGUCCGCCCACCCGCUCACUGACCUGCCCCCCAAGCACAAGCACAUUCCGAGUUCCAGCUCCCUUGCUGCCCAGGAACCGAGCCCCCGGCGAUCCACCUUCACGUUAGCGCAGCAGAAUGAGACGCCAUCUCUGGAGGAGGGCUCGCAGGCCUCUGAGUCCUCCUCCCUUGACCUUUCCUUCAGCCACAAGCCCGAAGACUCUCACACCAUCAAGCAAAAACUGGCGCUACGGCUGAGUGAAAGGAGGAAGGCGCUGGCCGACGAACAGUCCAACACUUUCCUGAGUCCUGGGAGCAAAGGGAGCACAGAGUCAGGUUACUUCUCCCGCUCGGAUAGCGCAGAGCUGCAAAUCAGCCCUCCCCAGACCAGCGCAAAGUCCUACGCCGAGAUCAUCCUCGGCAAGUAUGGCCGGUACGGUCAGAAAACAUCCAUGAUAGCAGCGAGUGCCACCCAGAGGACGCAGCAGAUGGCCUUGGAAGACAAACCCAGUGGCCUUUCGUUUUCCCUGCCCAAGGCCCAAAUGGAACAGAACGUCAUUGAACACAUCACCAAGCUCAUCACCAUCAACGAGGCGGUGGUGGACACCAGUCAAAUUGACAGCGUCAAGCCUCGUAGAACCUCACUGUCCAGACGCGGUAGCAUUGAGUCUCCAAAGCCAAGUACCUCCAGGGAAUCUUUCCAGUUCGACCUAAAGCCGCUGGGCUCCGACCCCAGUAGACACCCGUUCUCAGCGGCACGCCAUGUCCACAGUACCACCGAAACAGUGCCUCUGACCAGGAGCAACUCCAUGCCUUCUGCAGGCAGUGCCUGCUUUCCACAAACAUUCAAGGGAAGCUACUCCUUCGAUGACAGGAUGGCUGACCCUGAGCAGGUCUACAGCCAGAGCCACGGGCUCAUCUCCCAGCACCGCAUGCUGAAGAGGCAGAAGGCCAUCGAGUUGCCCUCUGGCAUGGAGUACCAGACGGAGGAAGGCGGCUAUUUGGCCAAAGAGAUGCAGGCGCCGCCCAGCAGGUCGGGUGAGGAGCAGGAGCCUGCAGAGGGCGAUCCCACCAAAAAGACCAAGAGAGGCUCCCGGGUGAAGGGGCUGAUGUACGAGUGUGACAUCUGUGGGGCCCGGUACCGUAAACGGAACAACUAUGAGACGCACAAGAAGUAUUACUGCUCGGAACUGCACGCCCCAAGGUCCCGGCCGUACCUGGCGCACGUUCCUCGAGAAAGCCAACAUGGAGCUCUACCUCAUGAUAUGCAGCCACAGAUGGUGCACUACAAGCUACGCCCAUCGCUCGAGCUCACACCGGCAAGGAAGAGGAGGAAAGAGAAGAGCCUUGGGGAUGAUGAGGAACCGCCGGGUGACUACAGCAGUCGAUCAGCCGCCACCGCCUCCUCCUCCAUUGCGGCGCCCAGCGUGCCAUCCAGUGUUGGGGCCGUGCCCUCCCCCAGUUCGGCACCUCUGUCAUCUCAGACUGCCGGCAGUCCCUCAGGAUUGACCCAUCCUGGACCCAAAAGUGAAGCCAUGGAAGUGGGUUUGGAGUCGGGCAUCAGAGCUGGGCCUAUGUCGACUGAACCUCAGGCCCUGGGUUCAGAGAGUGGCAGCAAAAGAGCAACUGCAAAAGAAAUCUCAGUAAUCCAGCACACCAACGCUCUCAGCAGGCCCAGUUCGUUCGAAAAAUCAGAAUCUCUUGAGCACCUCAGCAGCGUGAGUUCCCAAGAAAGCCUGUCCGUUGAGUAUCCUCCACAAUCAGUGGGGGCAGAACCAGCGUUAGCUUGGCACUCUGCCCCUCAACAUCCUCGCCAUCAUCACCAUCCCUUACAAGCCCGACUGGUCCGCCAGCGCAAAAUCCAAGUCCCUGAAAUCCUUGUGACCGAGGAGCCGGAAAAAUCGGAGAGGGACAAAGAGGUGGCCACCAAAGAGCCAGAAAGGGCUCCUGAGGAGUUCCAGUGGCCCCAGAGAAGUCAGACCCUUUCGCAGUUUCCAACUGAGAAGCUGCCACCCAAAAAGAAGAGGUUACGCCUGGCUGAGAUGUCGCAGUCUUCGGGAGAAUCGAGUUUUGAGUCCGUCACGCUGGCGAGGAGCCCGAGUCAAGAGAGCAGUAUCUCCCAUGGUUCCAGCCGCUCAGCAUCAUUUGAAAGGGAAGAGCAUUGUAAACCACCAGAAGCCUCCUUGUUAAAGGAAGUGGCUGGGCCACUGUCGGAGAUCCAUGCCAGGCCCCUGGGCUCUCACAUGCUGACGGUGCCCGCUCACUACCAUCACCAACGUGAAAUGAGGCGGUCCUCAUCCGAACAAGCCUCCAGUGGACAGCAUCCUUCAGAAGCAUCUGAAGCUCGCAGCAAGUCGUUUGAUUAUGGGAGCCUGUCUUCCGAUUCGUCCUCCAGCUUGAAGCUGGCCUCCCCUUUGAAAGAGCGGAGAAGGUGUUUCUUGGUGCGCCAGACCUCAUUGAGUGGCUACGGCGAAUCUGAGCAAGAGGCCAAAUCCAGCUCAAAGCAAGAGAAACUCGAACAAGUCCACAGUCCUGGCAUGUCUUCUGCUCAUGGGCCAAGUUCUCUUUAUCGUUCUUCCCCUCCUCCUCCGCCAUUGCCUCACUCCUGCCAGCCGAGUGUUUCCCAGCUGCCAUCUGAUGCUGCCCAACUGUUUUAUACCCAGCCACCAACCGAGGCCUUCCAAGCGUUUCAGCAGCCAUUACCACAAGCAGUGCCACAACAGAAGCAAUACCUGCAGCAGCAGCUCUCUCCUUUCCCGGCUCAGCACCAUCUUCAGCAACAAGGGCAGAUACCAUCACUGCUGCCAUCACCGGUGAUGCCAGAGGUGCUUUCUACUCCUGUAGCUCUGCCUCACAUCCCUUAUCCUCUGUUUCCAUCGCCACAGCUGUCCAUUCAACCAGCCCAGUUGCAGGCUGCACAACAGCUUCUACAACAGCCUGUUGAGUUGCCUGUUCAUCCUUCGUCGCUACUGCACAGACAGCGAUUGGCUCCCUCGUCCACUUCACAAGCUGCCUACCUGCCAUUGCACUCGCAGCUGGCCUAUCAGCUGCAAGCAGAAACUGGUGGUCAUUUCAGGGAGGCAAAGCUCACGUCGCAUCUGUCUCCCCCGAUCCGUGUUCCUUCUUCCUCGCCACCUUUCCCUUCGCAGUCCGAGUACAGUUCAGCUGGUGCAGUCCUCUCUUCAGCCAUCUCUCCAGGCACUGCAUCGUUAGCAACAUCGCAGCCCGCAGUCACUGAAUUUCCCGAGCUCCUGCAGCCUGUGGUGUCGCUUGUGGUGCCCGUCAGAGUCCAGACCCAUAUGCCAACCUACGGCAGUGCCAUGUACACAACUCUGUCACAGAUGUUGGUGACGCAGUCAGCAGAAAGUCCUCCUGCAGUGGUCAUUUGCAGAGUGGAAGAUAGCAAACCCAAAGGUACCCUUGUAUGUACUGCAGCAAUGCAGGGGAUAGGGCUCGAUUUGUCACAGAUGAUUGCUGGCCACCAUAGAGAUUUGUUCCAAUCGCCAUACUUAAGAAUUCCAUUACCCAUGACAGAAAGAAAGGGUUAUAUACCACUCACCUCACCAACAGAGGGCAUGUGUGGCACAGAUAGUUAUCAGACCACCAUUGGGGGAAGCAAACGAAUGUUGUCUCCAGCAGGUAGCUUAGAACUGACCAUGGAGACCCAACAACAGAAGCGUGUGAAGGAGGAAGAGAUUGAAGAGGAAUCUGAAGAGAGCACUGAACCAGUUAAACAUUUAAGUGCAAUGCAUGCAAGGGCAGAGGAUGCUACAAGACUACAGAAACCUCAGCUGGCAAAACAACAACUGGGUGAGUCCAAGGCCUCAUCUACUCAAACCUCCCAAGAGUGGGAUUCCGGUGCAAAGCAGACUCUACCCCUCCCACAGUUCCCCCUUCAGUCACCUGGGCCGUCGGAAGUAUACAAACCUUGGCCCGGACACCAAUACAGAAGUAAACUGCUUUUAGGGCCUGUGAAGAAGGAAGAUUCCCAGGAGACUGUCCAAGAGAGAGCCCCUGUUCAUGUGCAAGAGCUUCAGCAAUCUACCACCAGCACUUUACCUGAGCCACCCACUAGUCCUAGCCCUGCAAAGCCCAGCGCCCUUCUGACAGAGGUUAGUGAUAUCCAGCAGGUACUGCACUUCCCGAGCCUCCAUACAACCACUAAUGUCAGUUGGUGCUACCUGAAGUACACCAAACCAAAUCCCAUGCAGCAAACUGACCGAAGAUCUUCGGUGUAUGCUAGUUGGUGCAUCAGCUUGUACAAUCCCAACCUACCUGGCAUGUCAACCAAGCUAAGCCUUGCACUCCUGAGAUCAAAGCAGAAAACCAGCAAGGAAAUCUACACCAUGGCAGCAGUUCCACGGCGAGAGACAGGAAAACUGGUCCCAUCGAACACAAGGAAGCUCCGAGUUAGCGAGAUUCGUAUACCUACCCCGCUUCCUGGUGAUGGUAGAAAAGAAGUCUGCAAAAUAGAGAAGGAAGAAGAAAGGAGGGAGAAACAUGAAGAUGAAACAUCAACACCCAAGAGACUGGAACCAACUAGAAUUAAGAUUUUUGAAGGAGGGUAUAAGUCCAAUGAAGAUUAUGUUUAUGUGCGAGGGCGAGGAAGGGGAAAGUAUGUGUGCGAGGAAUGUGGGAUUCGCUGUAAGAAACCCAGCAUGCUGAAGAAACACAUUCGCACACACACAGACCUCCGGCCAUACGUCUGCAACUAUUGUAACUUUGCGUUCAAAACCAAAGGGAACUUGACAAAGCACAUGAAGUCAAAGGCUCACAGUAAGAAGUGCCAGGAGAUGGGAGUGGCUGUUGCAUUAAUGGAAGACGUGGAAUCUGAAGAAGGAACCAGUGAAGAAAAGUUGAAGAAAUCAGAAGAAAUCGAAGGCACAGACCCAGCCGAAGAGCAUCAGUUUUCAGAUGUUGAGGAGUCUGAUGAUGAUGAUGACAAUGAUGAUGAUGAUGAAGAGGAGGAGGAAGAGGAACAGUUUGUGAAGUCUUCAGAGAUUGCAAGUACCAGUCCACAAACAGCUGGGACUGCAUCAACAUCAUACAGAGGGGAAACUACCGUCCUGUCACUAGAGACCACUUCAAAGCAGGGAUCUAGUUUAACCAGUCAGUAUUCAUUGACAGGUUACCCCAUGUCACCACCUCAACUUCAUACCGCAAAGCCAAUGAAAUCCUUGGAGUCAAGCAUGGUUCCUGUGUGUCAUGGUGUCUCACAGGCAAAACCUGAAGGAAGUAUUUCAGUGCCACCAUUUACAUCUGCUGAACAAUUUUUACCGAUGCAAGGAGAUCCUCUGAUGAAAAGGCAGACAGUGCUAAGUCCAGAUAUUUCACCGUCAAGAGAGACAUCACCUAGAAGGCCAUGGUCUCCGAAAAGGGAAUCAUCACCUAGUAGCCUUUUAUAUCCAGGAGGGGACAUCCCAUCUGGGAGACACUCAUCACCAGAAAGAGAGGCAUCGGUUCAAGAGCACUUGUCCCCACCAAAAGAGAUGUCCCCUCGGAGACAUUUUUCACCAGGCAGAGAAUUAUCAUCCAGGAGCUGCCCAUCACCAGGGAGAGGUAUGUCACCAAGGAGACGUCUCUCUCCAGGCAGAGAGGUGUCACCGAAGAGAUGUCUAUCACCGAGGAUCGAAGUGCCGUCUGGGAGAGUGUCACCUCAAACACGUUUGUCACCAGAAAGAGAUGUGUCACCUGGGAGAACUUUGUCACCAGGUAUGAAAAUGUUGCCUUCAAGGUACCUUUCUCCAGCAAGAGAGAUCUCUCCAAGGAGACAACCGUCACCAGUACAGAAAGAAUCGUCUGUAAGACACUUGUCCCCAGUAAAAGAUGAAUUGCCAAGUAAAUGCCUGACAUCAAGUUGGCAGAGUGCCCAAGGCUCCUCUUUUCCUGCAAAGCACAGUGGCUCAUCUUCAUUGGGUCUACCUCCAAGGAUAUCUAGCAAAGAGCUGGAACAAUCUGAAUCUAAACUGAAGAUGUCUAGAAUGGGCUAUCGCAGUAUACACGAAGAGCCAAGUACACCAUCCCACGCCUUGCAUUUUCUUUCUUCAAGAAAUACUCAAACUGCACUGGAAGGACAAAGUUACAGUGGGCUGACUGGGACCGCACAAGAUUAUGUUUUCAGUCAUCUUCCUCUGCACUCUCAGCAGCUGGUCAGGACACCCUACCCCAUGAUUCCAAUUGGUGGAAUUCAGAUGGUUCAAUCAAGGCCAGGCUGUCAUUUAGGCUUGGUGCCUUCUGCAAUAGUCUCUCGACAGUCAGGCAUUCCUGUGAAUCCAACUGCACUUGAUCCCUUUAGUGCAACUAGGACAGAGACCACAGUACAUUUCGAAGAAGGGGUUUUGCUGAGACCCAAAUCAGCCGAAGCAAUGACUUCAACAUCUUUGCCUUUGCCGCAGCUUUCAGUUCCCACAGCCCCUGUUGUGACAGUACCUUCUCUCGCUAGAAGUAGUAAACCAAGCGUUACUUUACAGAGGACAGAGACUGUUGAGCUAGAAGAAGCAGCAGCAUACAAACAGGAGGAAUACAGGGUACCAAUUUAUUCUGAACCCAGCACUAUCGCCGCUCUGAGCCACUCGGGGCAAGAUGCUGGCUCAGCCAGACUGGACAGCCCCAGCACCAGCCACGAGCACUCUCCAAAGCCUUCGACAAGUGGAGAAGGAUCUUCAAAGGAUCUGAGCAAGAAGCAGUUUGGGUGUUCAGGCACCUACUAUGAGUCAGCCCGCACUUUAGCCACCACGCAACCUGCACAUCCUUUACAGGGAAGCAGCAGUAGUUCAUCAGAGUCUUCAAAUCCUUCCCGCUCUUUCCAAACCAGUACUGGCAGGACUGCUUCAAGUGGACAAUGUCACCCAGUUAGAACGCAAAGCAGAAGCAGCCCAGAGUAUAAAGAUGAAGGUUUUGUGCACCUUGAUAUGCAAAAGGACAAUAAGACAGGAAGUUCAUAGCAUCCACAGCCAUGCAGAUUCACCUUUUGAAGAAGAUGCAAUGGGCAUUUGUCAACACUAUUUUCCUUCCUCAUACUCAUGAAUGUUGUUCGAACAAAACAUUCGCAUAUAUAUAUAUAUAGUAAACAUGACCAAAAUCAUCAGAAAAUUCCUGUUUAAAAUUGUCCAAGUCCAGUAUUAUUUAAAUGUACACAGUUACUUGUGCCUUUCUCUUUUAUUUUGUGGCUACAGAUGUA